AUGGACGCCUUUGUACAGCGGCUGCCGCGCCCGAGGCCGCAGACCCCCUCGAGAUCUCCUACGAGGCCAUCGCCGCUUGGUGAAAGGCCUGCCAAGAAAGUGAAGGUGGAGAUCCAGGAUAGCGACUGUGACGAUGAUGAACAUGACAUCAAAUCCGCCGACGAGGAUGCUGAUACCUCUGGACUUACUGUCAACGAAGUUUCUGAUGAGGACGACAAAGAUGAUCGCCGAAUCCGACAGACCGACAUCGAGAGUACUCUGCCGCCUAUCCAAGCAGACAAGGAUGCGAUUGAGGAGUACGAGUUUAUGAAGAGUUCCCAGGCCAGCGAUCCUAGUGAUGAAACACCAGCCACAGCGAACCACCAAUGGAUCCGAGGCAAAAGUUCCAUUUACGUGGAUGCGUUCAAUCUCGCAUUGAACACCGUCUUGGCAGACGAAUCUCACCUGUUUGACGCCAAGGAACGUCACGUUUUCGAGCAGUGGAAGAGCCUCAACUAUGAGUCCCAGUAUCUUUACGUGCGACUAUUCCUACGUAAGACAUCAGCUUGGCACCGUCAAGACCGACUUGGCUAUUACAGUGAUAUCUCGGACCCGCACGCGGUCAUCGAAUCACUCCAGAAAGUGAGAGAUCUUCCAGAAGUUGAGAUCGCAAAGGAGAGCAACCCGGUCGAGGGAGUUGAGCUGGAAGAGUUCAGCUUGGGCGACACAUUUACCUUUGCCGAUGCUUCUGAAGAACACAUCACCACCAUUGAGGAAGCUUCUUCAUUACUAAGUCUGGACGAGCUCAAAGACCUUGCUAGAGAGGCCAAAUUCCAGGGUCGGAACAAGGCCGAUCUGGCAAGAGCGCUUUGCCGAACAGGCUAUCAGCAGACCGGUCUCUUUGCGCAUGGGCUUCAGAGAUCUGGCAGCGGCGAAUCCCAGACAGCUCGAGGCUCGAUGAGAGAUCGCCAUGAUACGCCCCCACAGCUGAGCCGACAAGACUCAAAUCAGACACAGCAUUUUCUGCAAAAGAUCAGAGACAUCACUGGACCAUGCGUCAGGCUUUCGCCGCUGACAUACAAACUCUUCGAGAGGGUGCAUCUGGUCUUCUAUCGCUCCACCGAGUGGACUGAAAAGUCCCUCACGGCGAUCAUUCUCGCCAGUAUUGCACGGCGCAACUACCCCGAGUACAUCGUUUGCCGAAGCUCAAAUAUCUUUGCUACUCGCAGACAUGUGCUCGAAUUCGAAUCAGCAAUCCGAGUGGAAGCCGAAGUUGAUCAGAUUCUGGAGUUCAAUGGGCCACCGGGCGAAGGAGGGUUUCGCAAAGUCGUGGACAUCUUCGAUCGAGUAUACCCUCGAUGGAAAGCCCUUUUGGCUGAAGAGGAGGAAAAGGAAAAGCGAGUGUAUGAGGAGGGCGAGGGUGCUUACCUGAGAAGAUUCACGCCUGUCCACUCAUAUACCCGUAUCGUUCACAAAGCUGCGUUUGUAUUUGGGCGGUUGAAGGAUCACAAACGCGAGCAUCAUAUCCUCGCCGAGCUUCUGGAUCAGCAUUUGUUCCACCCAUCGCGACGAGGCAGUUGGUACCAGCGCAAAGCCCUACUCGAGGAGCAUUACAUGCACGCACUCGACAGCAACGCUGUGGCUGCUGAUCCUGACAUUCAGAAGAAGCACUGGAAGCGAAUCGCCGCGACCACAUGCGAAACUGGCCUUGAAGAUAAAGACUGCCAUCUGAUAUACCACUAUGAUUUGCAGAAGCGUCUUAUCAAGCUCGAGAAGCAACUGCGUAUACCUCGUCGUCUACAGCAUGAUUUCGGGCACGUUCGUCUUCAGAAGCCCAUUGAACACACGGUAGAGGGCAUUCAAUUGAAGAAAGAUGACCGACAAGGCAAAAACGGUCGUCAAGCAAGCACAAAAACAAUUUGGGUUGAUGAGUUAGAAGACGGCGGCGAAUGCAGUGUUGAGGAGAUGUGCCUCAGUUGGUAUCGUAGCCAGGGGUACAAGGGCUACCACGCUGAGGGAGGCAUCGUCCGCACUUUAUUCGCUUACCUACUUUACGACAUUCUGUUUCUUUACAUUCCGAACGUAUUUCAAACGGCAUAUCAGACAUGCCCGCUGGACCUUCACACUGACUCGUUCUACACAACGCGCAUGUCCGAGAUCAACCAUCGGCUGGUCGAGAUUGCAAAUGGAGGGGCAGAAAGAAUCAUCCGCGAGGUUGAUGCCCGAGAACGCGAACGGCGCACCUGUGUCAUCGGUCUCAACUGGGAUUACGACGUCGAGGAUCUUAUCGAGCUUGUCGGGUGCUUCAACGGCGGCGCACUAGCCGCCCUCUGCAAAGUGAUGGCGCAAGAAUACCGGCAGCGGGGCGGAGGCUUGCCAGACCUGAUACUCUGGCGCACGGAGCCGGAAAAGGAAUGUAUGUUCGCCGAGGUCAAAAGUGCCAAUGACCGGCUCAGCGACACGCAGAGAUUAUGGAUCCAUGUCCUUACGGGCGCAGGCGUGAAGGUGGUACUUUGCAACGCUGUGGCCAAGGAAGUCAAGGCAGUCGACUGA